AUGCCUAUUUGCGCUAGCUGUACUUGAUGCGCACAACAAUGAUUAAGUUGUAGCGGAGAUGCGAAUGUUCGAAAAACCGUUAAGAAAUAUCAGUAUCAAUUCGUAAUACAUACAGUAAAUGUAAAAGUGGGAACGUUAAAAACUUCUGAAAUAUUUUUACUUAGGUAAUCUGUAACUGUGAACUAAUUACUAGGGGGGAGAGGGCAAUGACAUGAUCAUUUCAAUUCAAAAUCCCAGGAAAACGGUUUUCCUUUUGAUCAAGAAAAUGGUUCAAAAAGAGCAUCGCUUACGACGUCUUGGAUGUGUAAGGAAGGACAUAUUUCGCAAUUGGGGACUGACAAAAAAUUGGUACCUUACAAUGUCGAAACAAGGGAAUUCGUCGCCGGGGUUUAAUUUUAAUCCUUCAAAUACGUACUACGGAAGAGCGGAUGCGUCCCAAGAACAGCAAAAUAUACAUCUCCAAGGAGAAACAGAAAGACCAUCUUCAGAAGCAAGAUCAGAAGGACCACCAGUAGAACAUCAUCCCCAAAAUAGCAACGAAGGAACAGGAUUUAGAGCAAUUACUUCUUCUCCCCUAACAAAUCUAUCUCAUACAUUGGAAUCACGUCUUCCCCUAAAUAACCACGAACCAACACCAAGUCGCACUUUUAGAACGCCUUCCGUACAACGGGGUUUUGCCCAAAACAUUUUUUCCGGUAUUGGCAUUCCUAUAUCAAGGGCAAGUUUUCUUCCAUGUAACGCCAGGGCAGAGUAUGAAGCUUGGCAAAAUCGAAACCAAGAGAAUACCAUGUACCAAUUUGCCAGGAAUGUACCUGCUCACUCGACAGGUAAUGAGGAAAUGCUUACGGAAGAAGAGGGAUCUGAAUCGGAAGGAGUAGGCGAAAAUUCUGGGGAGAUGCCUGUAUCUCCAAUCCAACGGGAGGAACCGGUAAGAGGUUUGCGAGUCCCGAGGCAAUUUCUGCAACCCAACGUUUCGUCAAUGAAUUCUGGAGGUACUAAUUGGGAUCGCUCGCCAACACCUCGAUCCAAUGAAUUCUAUCAGUCGCCUUCACCACAAUCGGACGACUUAUUAUGCAGUGCAGAUGUACACCAAACUUCGAGAAACGAGUAUGGAUUCGAUCGUACCAUGCCUGCUCAGUCGACUGCUAUUGGACAGUUGCCAGAAUUUCGAGAAACUUUCGGUUCUCCGAUUCAACGAGAGAGACCUACAAGAGGACUUCGGACGUCGCCAUCACCGCAAUCCAGUAACUUAAGAAGUUAUUCGCCAACACCAACGAGCGAUGCACUUCCACAAUCACCGUUCAGUUUUGAAGCAGCUCGAGAGGUGCAACAUAUGAUGUCAUUUGACAAGUACGACGGCAGCAGGACCUUACCUGCUCAGUCAACUGCUAGAGGACAACUUCCACAAUUUCAUGAAACCUUCGGUUCUCCAAUUCAAAAAGAGGCGCCUGUCAGAGUACCUCGGGUUCCUUACCAGUAUAUUCGACCCAACGUUUCGAAACAAAGCGCCGCAGGUAAGCGGAAUCGGAGUGGAUCAGUAACGCCACAUUCAGAUGAAGUAUGUGAAUCGCCAUCUAUAAUGAGCGAAGACAUUGAACCAUCAAGGGUCACAAUGCAAGGUGGUGUACGUUACCCGGAGCCUCGACGGCUUUUUCAAGGGUCACCAUUCAAAUACGGAGUCGAUUCCACCAUGCCCUUCCAGUCGACGGCAAUUGGACAGUUGCCUCAAUAUCACGAAUCAUUUGGAUCAGCGAUAGUUCAAGAGAGACCUAUGAGAGGAAUGCGGACUGCUCACCAAUAUAUGCAGCCCAACAUUUCAAGAAUUGGCUCCGGCAGAUCAGCAUCGCCAAGAUCAGAUGAAAUUUGUGGAUCACCAUCACCACAAUCUGGCGAUUUAAGAAGCUGUUCGCGAUCACCACAAUCUGGCGACGUAAGAAGUCAUUCGGCAUCGCCAACGAGCGAAGAAGUUCUAAAGUCAAAGUCAUCAGACCGUCUUGGCGGAGGAGCAUCGCCCAAAAGAUCUUACCAAAUGCAAUGUGGUAUCGAUGAAAAUGAAGAAUCGUUUCUGGAAAGAUUCGACAAGGCUGUGGAGAAGGAGCUGGAGCGGUAUAGGAUAGAUGGUCCAGCCGAUGCAAGCACGAAUAUUUCGAUGCCAAGACCUUUAGCAACGUCUGAUUCGCAAGCAUUGGAUUCGGUGACCAGCAGCAUAGAAAUUAUAUCCAGGAUGAAAGGGGAACAAGACACAGAGCUGACGGAAGCGGUCGAAAAAUUGGCAAAAGCGGAAGCCACUGUUAUGUUUCAGGGGGCAAUAGAAGCGGCCGAAAAGGCUGCAGCCAAUGCUCCACCGGAAUUCGCCGAAGAAGCUGCGGCUGCCAGUGCAAGGGCGCACGCGAAAAUUUAUAACGCGGAACUUACGAACGUUGUACAUGAAGCUGUACCAGGAGUACGACCAAUCGAAAUUGUCGGAUACGUCGGUGUCACUAGACCAAAGAAACCGUUAAGACCUUAAGGAUCAUAUUCAGAAAUUAUCAGUAGAAUGGAAUAUUUAUUAUUGUUGUACAUAUUUAGUCAAAAAUAUCUUGUACUUGUUUAUUUAUACAUAUGUAUGUAUGUUUAUACUAUACUGCGCGUGCUGUGAUAGACUUGAAAAAAGCAGAAAUAAAUUUAUUUACACAUUUA